AUGUCUUCUCUGCCACCCUCUCAUCGCGCCCUCGUCCUCACAGACAGAUGCACCCCUCUCGCUGUAAAAACCAUCCCCACGCCCACCCCUAUUCACGGCAGCGCCGUGGUCGAGAUCCUCUCCGCAGGCGCUCUAUCCUACCACCGCGAGAUAUACAACGGCUCUGAGUCACACAAGCACUAUUCACUCACGACACCGCUAGUGACGGGCAUGUCAGCGAUCGGCCACAUCGCCGCACUGGGUCCUGACGCCACGUCAUUGCAGCUGGGCCAGCUCGUCUUCGUCGAUUGCAUGAUCCGCGCGCGCGACGACCCGGAUACCGCGUUCCUACUUGCGAUCCACGACAGCGGUACGCCUGGGAGCCAAAAGCUGGCGAAGGAUGUGUGGCGCGAUGGGACGUUUGCUGAGUACGCACGCGUGCCGCUGGAAAAUUGCAUACCGUUGGAUGAGAAGAGGCUCUGCAGCGAUCUGGGGUAUGCGGUGAACGAUUUAAUUUAUAUGGAUUACCUCAUGGUGCCGUUUGGCGGGCUGAGGGACAUCGCACUGGAGCCUGGAGAGACAGUGGUGGUGAGUCCUGCGACGGGUGGGUAUGGUGGGGCGGCGGUGAUGGUCGCUGUGGCGAUGGGUGCGAGGGUGAUAGCCAUGGGACGGAAUGAAGCUGAGUUGGCCCGGCUGAAGAAGGUUGUCAUGAGCGGCUCGCCGAGCGCUAGCAUCGAAACAUUGAAGAUGACGGGCGAUGAGAUGGUCGAUGCGGAGAACCUCAAGGCGUUUGGCAUCAUUGAUGCGGGGAUUGACUUCACGCCUCCGCAGGGUUCGAGCUCAAGUCAUCUAAGGAGCGUCGUCCGUGUUAUCCGGAAAGGGGGACGUAUCAGCCUGAUGGGACUGAACGCCAACCCCAUGGUCCCCUGGAGUGUGGUAUCAAGGAACAUCUCUUUCAAAGGUAAAUUGAUGUACGAAAGAGAGGAUAUGAUCCAGUUCGUCAAGAUGCUGGAAAGAGGCCUGUUCCCUCGGAGCAGAGACUUCGUCGAUACCAAGGAGUUCCGAUUGGAAGAGUGGGAAGCGUGCUUAGACAUGGCGGCCGAGCAUACCGGCAUUGGCAAGCGCGUUGUAUUUUGCCCUAAGCUGAGGCCGGAGAACACGUCUACAGUGUAA